AUGUUUAAAAUAUUUUCCGGCGUUAUAACUAGGUCGAGUCUCUUCACGCAUGUUGCUAAUCCGCUUUUGCGUCGAGGACUGGCUAGCAAAACAAUAUAUGUAUCAAACGUCUCAUACAAUUCUACCGAACAAGGACUCGAAGAACUAGGUUCUAGAUUUGGCAAAGUUGAGUCCGUUCGUAUGCCAAGAGAUUAUGAAGGCAGAAGUCGCGGUUACGGCUUUAUCGAAUUCUCUCAAGAGGAAGACGCUACUAAAGCUAUGGAAGGACUUAACGGUAUUUUAUUCGAGGGCAGAGAGCUGAGAGUGGCGGAAGCCCGCGGGCCUAACACUAACACCUGGGAGCGUCGUCCACGUUAUGAUGAUGAUCAAUGA